AUGCAUCUGUUAUCCAUUCUCACGCUCGCGAGCGCACUCGUCAGGCCUGUGCUUGGCGCCGGCUCGGCUACCCCGGCGCCACCCGGCGUGCAGUAUCUGUUCAGCGCCAACGUCACGGUCGGCCUUUCAGUGGACGUGGGCGCCAUUCCAGCGGGCAACGUCACGGUGAUUCCCGUGAUCGGGGGCGCCGUGUUAGGGCCGAAUAUUGCUGGCAAAAUGCUGGCCCUCGGCGAAGACUGGAACAUACAAACCAGCAACGGCUACGCGCUGUCAGACACACGCGCGCACAUCCGCGCCAUGGACAACUCCAACAUCUACGUGCAAAUGUCGGGCAUCACGCGCGAGGCCAACGGGAACGUCUUCGUGCGCGCGUCGUUCCAGACGGGCUCCAAGGGCUUUUGGUGGAUGAACUACGUGUUUGCGUUUGGCAUCAUGAAGCCGUCUGCCACGGGCUUCACGUUAGAUAUGUGGUAUAUGUCGUACUGA